AUGGCAAGAGGAAGAGGUUCGGAUGACGAAGAAAUGGAUGAUUUAGAUGAGGAGUUAUUGAUGUUAACUGAAAAGAAAUCAAAUAAAAGGAAUAAAUCUACAGAAUCAAGUGACGAAGAUUAUGAAGAAAAAUCAACAAAUAAAAGAAAAAAAACAGGUUCAACUCCAGGAAGAAAGAAAGGUUCAACUUCAUUGCAAUCAUCCUCGAUAUCAUAUAGCAGAGGUGGUAGAAAUAGAGGUGCACCAAUUGAACAGAAUGACGACGACUUUUAUGAUGAUUAUGAUGAAGAUCUUUAUAAAGAUGAUGAUGAUAGAAUCGAAUUAUCAAAAUUACCAGAAGUUGAAAGAGAACAAAUUUUAGCAGGUAGAUAUGAAAAAAGAAAAGAAGCAAGAGAACGUUGGCAAAGAGAAAAAUUAAAAGAGAAAGAGAAAAAAAGCUCAGGCACUAGCUCAAAUACUGCAACAUCAAGCGAUAAAUAUAAAAUAUCAUCCUCAACUAGAUCCCGUGGUGACAAUAAAGAUGACAACAAAAAAGAAGCAUUAAAAGAUAUUCAAAGAAAGAGGGAAAAGUCUAAAAAAGAUAAAGAAGACGAAUCAUACGAACUAGCAGUCGAAUCAUCUCAACAAUCUAGCGGUGGUACAGCAUCAACAACUUCACCAAUUUCAUCAGCAUCACAAAGAUUAAAACAAAAACAAGAUCAAGAACGUGAAAGAAAUAUACGUGAAAAAGAAAGAGAAAUGGACAAGGAUAUUCAAAAAUCAAUUGACACUCUUACAAUUCACUUAAUGAACCACUGUAGAUUAUCAAGAAAUAUGUUGGUAAAAUGGGUCGAUCAACCAUACUUUGAAACUUUAGCACCAGGGUUUUUCGUUAGAGUUGUAAUUGGCUCACAUUUAAAUAGUCCAAUCUAUAGAAUUGCAGAGAUUGUCGAAGUACGUAGAGGCCACAAGUUAUAUAAAGUAGAGAACAAAGAAACCGAUAAACUCUUACUUUUAUCAUAUGCAGGCUCCUGUAAAGAGUUUGGCAUUGAAAAUGUUUCAAAUAAUGUCAUCACACAAGCCGAACACGAAAAAUGGAUAUCUGAUAUGAUCCGUUCAGAAAAGAAACUUCCAACUCCAGAAUCAAUUGAAAAGAAAAUUGGUGAUAUCAAAAAAGCUCAAGAAUAUAUUUAUACAAACGAAGAUAUCGAAAAGAGAGCUCAAGAACGUAUGAAAUAUCAAAAAACUCCACACAACAUUGCUUUUGAAAAGGCUAAAUUAAUUGCUCUUCGUGAAACUUUAGACGUCGACUCCACAGAGUAUAAAACUACUGUAGAACGUAUUGAAGAACUCAAUAAGUUAGCAACUGAACAAAAGGAAGAAUCAAUGACCGAAACAGAAAAAUUGGUAUCAUUAAUCAAUAAAAAGAAUAAAUCAUUAAAUUUCCAAUACUCCCAAAGCGCUGGUACAUCCACCCAAGAAAUAGUUAGUAAUGAAUUUGAUCCAUUCGCUAGAAGAAAAACAAGAUCAAACGCUGUAGUUGCUGCUGAAGCUGACUUGGAAAACAAUCCAAACGCCUCAACUUUAUCUGCUGCUUUAUCACCAAAAGAAUCAACCCCAACAAAACAAUCUCAAUCAACCCCAGCAUCAACCCCAGCCAAAUCAAACUAUUUAAAGGACGAACAAUCUACAAAAUCUUUAGUAAAUAUUCACAAAUCUAUUGAUUUAAAUAUAACCAUACCAGAUACAUCAAAUAAAGUUUUACAAGUAAAUCCAAUGAAAAAGAAAAGACCAAUCAUUCCUGCAAAUAUUAUUAAAUCUGAUAAUUCAAAAUAUAAAAAUAUUUUAUCUUUUGAUGAAUAUUUAAAUAAAAGACAAAUUAAAUAA